AUACAUACACUGCUCCAGUCCUCUGCUCCUCCCUGCGCCUGCCUGCCGCAAUGGAUACCACCUUCAUCACCAUCCAUGACCUCUCCGACGAUGCCCACAUCCUCUACUCGUCAGACUCGAUUGUCGACAUCCUCGGCCAUACGCCCGACGAGGUAGUCAACAGGUCCGUGUGGCACUUUUUCCAUCCAGACGAGCUUCCCCUCGCCAAAGCACAGCACAGCCGCGGCGUCAGGCUCGACAAGGCCGCCGUCCUGUCCUACUGUCGGUUGAAAAACCGCCAGGGAGAAUGGGUUGGCUGUGAAUGCUGCUUCUCCAUUGUCUACGAUGUCCUCGUCUGCUGCACCAGUGUCUACAGACAGGGCAUGCAGAGCCAGAAACGUGCAGUCGAGGCACCGAUAGUGCGGAAACUCUUCGCCUCGUCUCCAAAAGACCCCCGUUAUCACAUGUUGUCGCACCUCUCUACCAAGUUUGACCUGGGCCAUGAGGAUCAGACCCAUGAGCCCCGGGCCGCCCUGUUCCUCAAUAGAUUUACUCGAACCCUGACUGUCAUGUACGCAACCAGCGGCAUAGAGCAGAUCAUCGGCAUCUCGGGCGAGGCCAUGAAGGGCCGCAGUUUCUACUACUGCAUAGCCCCAAACUGUCUUGAAGACGCCGUACGCUGUCUCGAGUCGGCCAAGGGCAACGACUCGAUUGCAUACAUGCGCUUCUUCUUCCGGGACCCACGUCAGGAUGAUGCACCCGAGGCCACCUCGUCGGAGAGCGAGGACGAUGUGAUGACCGACGUGACUGGCUCGGAUGACGACUCAGAGGGUGGGGUAGGCCUCGGCGUCCCACCCGCAUCAGAGGGUGCAAGCCCCAGACAACUCUCCAAUCCAAACCAUAGCGCCAAUCACAGUGCGGAGCCCUCGGCCUCACGCUCCCAUUCAAGAGAGCACCCCAGCUAUCGCUCCAACACCCACCAGGCAAUGUUUGGGGGUUCGGGGCCUCGCUCAUCCAUAUCCUCUGCAAGCUCGCCGCGUUCCGAAGCCCGUGACGACCAAAUUGAACUCGAGGCCGUCAUUUCCUGCACCUCGGACGGCCUGGUCGUGUGUCUGCGUCGUGCACGCCCCAUGCUACCAGGCGCCCUGCCCACUGCUCAGCCAACUCAGCAGUACAAUGGCAUCUUUGCCGCUCCCUGGGCAACGCAACCCGUCUUCCAUCCGGCGCCACCCCAGAUGCCUCAGUACCCUCUGGGCGCGCGACACCCGGCCAUGGCACAGGCGGCACCUUCUCUGGAAUUCCAGAACAAUUUCAUGAGAAGCAUUCGCGAUGUCGCCGUCUUUGCUUGGGCACUUACCGGUAUCAACGGCAGCCUCGUCGAUUACGCUCGCGGCAAGCCAGUAGGAGAGUCUCAGCCUCCAGAAGGAUUUCCCAUCUGGAACCCAUUACCAGACCCAGCCUUUAUAGGCGGUAAACAACACUCCGCCGCGCCUUCGGGCUAUGUUUCUGGGUCUACCAGUUCCUCUAGCAACGAUCCAUUUGGUGAUCCCGGUCUUCAUUGAGACAUUUUAUCGCAACAACAGCAGUUGAAAUGCAGUCGACGUUACCGACUCCAAUCCCUCGUCUAACUGGAAAACGCGAAUAGGCUGCUUUGUGAACAGGGGUUAAUAUGCUGGCGUGUAAUGGACAGCUUACGAGUUUACGCGAAUACUAGUACAAAAUAUACCAGGCCAAAACGGGGCUGUAUUAUUGCGACAAGGUACGCUUUGUUGGACUACUCCUCUCAUUUUCUACUCAAUUGUGGAUAGUAGAUUGGUAAAAAAAAAUUGAAUACUU